AUGAUGUUGAGACAAAAGAUACUAGCCGCAUUUUAUCGUAGACCAGCUACGCGGCUUUUCGGGAGUUGUGCCCCUCAUCUUCAAUAUUUGAACCGCCGAAGAAUACCAAUAGAGGCUGGUCAAGCACUGCAUGAAACUAGACCAAACCUGAUUAAACAAGGCGAACUAACUCCCGGUAUUAGUGCAAUUGAAUAUUUUGAAAGAAGAAUUAAGUUAGCAUCGAAGUUACCCCCCAAGAGUUGUGUGGUUAUAGCCGGCAGCCAGGUGAAAUUUGCCUCUGGCCCAGUUUUCUACCCUUUCCAGCAAAACAAUGAUAUGUACUAUUUGACUGGUUGGAAUGAACCUGAUUCUGUGAUGGUUUUAGAAAAACCUAAUGAUAAUUUAGACCAGAUUGUAUUUCAUCUUGUAGUUCCACCUAAGGAUGCAUUUGCAGAACAAUGGGAAGGUUAUAGGACAGGACCAGAAGGUGCCAGAGAAAUUUUCAAUGCAGAUGAAGCUACAGAUAUGGGUAGUUUGCCACUCUAUUUGAGUAAAAUUUUUGAAAGAAACGAUUAUAUCUAUUUCGAUACCCCCAAGGAUAAAACUAAUGUCAAUCACUCUGCAUUCUUCAGCACUUUCUUUUCAUUGCAAACGAUCUCUGAUGGACAUCAAACAAUUAUGGAUGUAAUUAAGAGGAAAGGUACUUCGAAAAAAAUCCGUGGUAUCUCAAAGACCAUCGGGGAAUUAAGAAAAAUAAAAUCACCAGCGGAGCUACGUAUCAUGAGAAGAGCAGGUCAAAUUUCUGGAAGGGCUUAUAACCAAGCAUAUGCUAACAGAUUCCGCAAUGAGAAAACUUUACAGGCAUUCCUGGAAUACAAAUUUCUAGCUGGAGGUUGUGAUAAAUCGUCAUACAUCCCCGUGGUGGCUACAGGUUCCAAUGGUUUGUGUAUUCACUAUACGAGAAAUGAUGAUGUGAUGUACGAUGAUGAAAUGGUUCUUGUUGACGCUUCUGGGUCGUUAGGCGGCUAUUGCACCGAUAUUUCACGUACUUGGCCUGUUAGCGGAAAAUUUACUGACCCUCAAAAAGAUCUCUAUGAAGCUGUUUUAAACGUCCAAAGAAAAUGUAUUGAUCUCUGUAAGGCUCAUAAUGGUUAUUCGAUUCAUGAAAUCCACGAAAGAAGUUUAGAUUUUACAAAAAUAGAGUUAAGAAACGUUGGAUUCAGGGAUAUCCAAAAAUGGGAAGUUAACAAAUUAUUCCCUCAUUACAUUGGUCACCAAUUAGGGUUAGACGUUCACGAUACCCCAGAUUGCUCUAGACACCAAAAUUUGGAAGCUGGUCAAGUCAUUACCAUUGAACCAGGUAUCUACAUCCCAGAUCAAGAUUGCUAUCCUUCUUAUUUCAGAAAUAUUGGAAUCAGAAUAGAGGACGACAUUGCCAUUGGUCAACACGAUUACACAAAUUUAACUGUAGAAGCUGCUAAAGAGAUCGCUGAUUUAGAAAAUAUCAUGCAAAAUGGUGUCACUACAAAGAUUGAAGAAGAUGUUGUAAGUCCGUUAAAGGAUUAA